GCACUUGUAGUUGCCAUGUGCUGUGCAAGCAAAUGCUUGGUGCUGCACUCUGGGAACCAGAAGCAAGUAUUCUGCAGAAACUUCAAACCAGCAGUGUGUCACAACACUGCUGAUUCCCAAGGCGCUGAGAUGUCCCCGAUCCUGCUGCUGGCUUUACUUCAAGGCCUUUUACUUGGCACAUAUGGAUCUUCUUUAUGUGGGAAAAGGACGCAGUUUGCUGGAGGUGGAUUCCUACAAUAUCAUGGGGGUUUUGGUGAUGACACAGUGAUAAUUGAGAACCACCUGGAAGGUCUCAUUGUAAAAUCUGGUUAUCUACCUUCCACCAAUUUUAGCCUUCAGAGUCUUCCUGGAUCUUACUUUUUCUGUGUGCACUGGUUUCCUGCUUUAAGGACCUUUGUUCUGAAAUAUGGUGUUCAAAACUAUUCGUGGAAUGUUAUGGAAAGGUCAAACAAAAACGGAAACACUCAUGUUCCAAUAGAAGACAGAUGCCCAGAGAAUAUGACCAUGUCUAACGUGUCCUUUAACUGGAUAAAGAAGGAAAAUUCAUGUCGUUUUGUCAUCCCACCUCAGAACUGGAAUAAUACCAAGUUAGUGGAUUAUGAAAUGUCUGAAGUCAGCCAAUUACUGGACAAACCAGGUGUCAACACCAGUGGCAAAGUGCUGCGGCAGUGGAUUGAUAAGACCCUCUCUGGGGUGCAGUUUAAAGGCAACAGUCACCACUUUGGGAAUGGUACUCUGCAGGCAUCAGUAUUCAAGCUCAACGCUGUAGAUGUGCUUCAGUCCAUUCCCAAAAAGAUGGGAAUUUCUGUGUCUGUUCCAAAGCAACUCAUAGAGAAGGGUGGAAGUGCCAAGAGGCUUCAUGUGGUCACUGUUCGUGGGACCUCUGUAUUUAAGGAUGCAGCUAGCAGCACAGUGCUUGGAGACAAAGUGAUCGGUGUCAGCGUGGAAAACACAAAAGUUUCCAAUCUGUGUGAAGAUAUAAUGUUCACCUUUGAGCAUGAGCCUGUAAAGACAAAUUUUUCUCCAGUCUGUGUGUUCUGGAAUGAAUCAACUGAUGGAUGGAGUACAUAUGGCUGCAAAACGUUUCCCAAAGAAAACCACACGCAGUGCAACUGCAGCCAUCUAACAUACUUUGCUGUGCUAAUGCAAUACUCAAGCCAGACAAUUUCAGAAGAGCACCUAGUAUCUCUUUCUGUUUUGACCUUCGCUGGAUGCACCAUCUCUUUCCUGGCUGCCCUUUUCACCAUCUGCUGGAACUGCUGCACCAGGAAGACUCAUUCAAAUCCUACCCUCAAUAUACACAUGAACCUUUUGGGUGCAGUACUGCUUUUGGACUUGUUUUUCAUGUCAAGCGCAGUGCUUGGGGCUUUUGACCUGCCUUCUGUUUGCAAGGGUUCAGGCAUGCUGCUACACUUCACCCAACUCUGCAUGUUCACAUGGAUGGGCAUUGAAGGAUUUAAUCUCUACAGGCUUGUGGUCAAAGUUUUUGAUUCCACUUCUUUUGCUACAAAGAAACUAGCUGUGAUUGGCUGGGGGUUUCCAGCAUUACUUGUACUAGUUAUUUUUCUGAUAGAUUUUGACAAUUAUGGCCUUUACAGUAUUAAUGUUGACCGGCCUUCAUCGUGCAACUCCAGAGCUUCAAUUUGUUGGCUGACUGAACCUCUCAUUCACAAAGUGGUCAAUUUAGGAUACUUUGGCAUUGUUCUCCUCUUUAACUGUGGAAUGCUGACUGUUAUGGUGGUGCGCGUCUUGCACUUGAUGCCCCACAACCGUGGGGAGAACACCCAGUAUUGUGUAACCCUCCUAGGGCUUAUUGUUAUGCUGGGACUCCCAUGGGGGAUAGCCUUCUUUUCCUUUGGUGCUGUUUACCUACCUGUCCAGUACUUAUUCAGCAUUUUAAAUUCCUUGCAAGGCUUAUUCAUCUUUCUUUGGUACUGGGCAUUGUCUCACCCCCAUGUAAAGGACCCAUCCAGAUCCUUGGACAGCAGCAGUGCAACACCUGCAUCACCACGAAGUGACCAAAGCACACUCAUGUCUGAUCAUAAGAAGCUCCUCACCUGAACAUUUCCAGACUGGACUACUGUGUUGUGCAAGUGCUUCUAGCUAUCUCAGCUAGUCUUUACAGUGCAACACUGUGUAAGCACAUUACUAGGGAUUUGAUGCAGAUCCUCUCCCAUGUUCAUUCCAGUAACAGCACAAUCUGCCUAUUUUCCACUGUUUGAUGAUUCUGUAGCACUUUAGGUAGCAGGGGUAGCUAGACUUGACAUAUAGUCAUCAGUAAAUGAAAUAUUGCUUUAUUACAGGACAAAACAACUAAAUGAGGCUUUAUAUCCAAUGUGGCGCUACAGUAUAGGAUAUCUUUUUUUCCAGCUGGACGUGCAGUGCUGGCUCUUAUGUGCUGAAGUUUUAGAGGCCAUAUAUGAAAUAUGUAGUUUAAUUUUUGAAAGGAUAGAUAAAGAUAUCCAUUUCCUCAAUUUUAAGAACCCAAAGUAUCCCAAAAAGAGCUCUUGCCCAAAAGAGAUGUUCUAUUCACCAUAAAGAAGUAGUUGUGGAAAUAAGAUUAAUAGUUACAACAGAAAGAAAAAGCAAUAAAGAACAAGACUAUUGUUUAAGUAUACAUAUUUCUAGUAGUGAUCUAUACAGCUGGAACUGAAAUUUCUAAUAUCUGAUACCUUAUGAGUUUGGGGUAGGUAAGGACAAAAAGCUGCACUGCUUCCAAACUAUUAAGCACAUUAAUAUACAAUAUGUUCAGACAGAGUAUGACGUACAGGCUAAUCCCAUACACAUUGCAAUGAGAUUUCUAGCACAGUAAAUGAACAUGCCCAAUACAUUCUGCAGUGAUUCACUGGAGCUUCCUAGGUUAAAAACACUCUGGGUAAGGAGUUCUAGUAAGUUAUAUAAACAGGGGGUUAUAUAACUUGUAAUAUUAAUAUUAGUUUUUCCCUAAAUGAAAAUUUGUCUUUAGGCUUAUUAAAACGUGAGGCCUGUAAAUGGGAUAUGAUUCAUUCAAACAUCAUUGCAUAUACACCUGAUGAAACAAUAAGUUUAUAAAAUGUUAGAUACGGUACCAAUGUUUACCUGUUUCCUUCAAACACCAUUUUGUUCUGUAAGUCUGAAGUAGUAUAGUGCCUUCAUUUGUUAGAGACUUGUUUAUUUUGUUUUGCAUUACACGCACACAUGCACACACUUAGAAGGCUUAUUGUGAACCAUUUUAGGUCUAACUUUUUUCUAAACACUGGACUGCAGAAUGUAAGUGUACUGUAUGUUGGCGUACACAUGUAUUUUAAUGGUACAACAGCUUAAAUUAUUUACACUGCCAGCAUUUUUUUAUGUAAGGCAACCAAACAUCUUCUCUUGUGUUAUUGUUUUUAAUAAAAUUGCAAUUAAGCACUUGUUUUGUAUAAAUGAUCAGUCUGCACAGGCAUGUACAUUGGUACAUUGUGUCACGCAAGCACAUAGAGCUGGCUAUGGAACAAAGGGCUCAUCCUUCCAGUAUUUUCCUCUAUGAGAAGAUGUUUAUCUAUGGCCAUCCUGCAACUCUCAGCACUAGCUGAAAGGACUUACAAAGCAGACACACACAGUCAUUGUAACAUGCACUUACAGAAAUGUACAGUUAGCAUCUAUGAAACUUAUUUUAUAUUGUUGCAUUGUACGUAAAUGUUUUAUUUAGAAAUGUAAUAUAUUCUUUUCAUCUGUCUUGUUUGUAUAUAUGAUUAUUGUACAGAUUUAUAGAGCAGUUUUAUGAGCCAGAAAUAAAAUAUAAACUUAAGGAA